AUGAGCAGUGACGCCCACAUCCGCUUAGAUGAGUAUUCAGCAAGAGUCUCAAAGCACAGGUGCUCUUCCCAGUAUGCCCAUGUUCCAUGCUUCUUUGUUGCUCUCGAGGUUGAUGCUUCAUCCCUUCCAGACCAUGCCCGUGAGGCUGCUACAGCUUUCGGCCGUGAUGGGCUUGUUCGGAUCAAGAACAUCUUGCCAGUCGAAGUGGCCGAGGCCUUGUGUGCACGAGUGCGUGAAGAGCUGAAGCAAAGACGUCAUGAGGGUGACGCGGUGUAUUUUGGUGACGUGUAUGGCUAUGAGGAUUGCGGCCAACGAUGGGAUUUGAAGCUCCAGCUGUCAAAUGAGGUGAAAAUUGCUCUUACCAGCAUCUUGGGCCGUUUGCAAAAGGUGCUGGAAACGCUCCGCCCAUCUUGGCAACUGACCGAAUUGGCAGCCAUGUGCACAUUUCCUUCAGAUCCUGGACAGCCGGUCCAUGCGGACACUUCACAUGUUUACGACCAGCAGGUCGUAACGAUAUUCGUCGCGCUGCACGACAUUUCACCAGAGAGAGGUCCAACGAAAAUGUACCCUAAAUCUCACCUGGAUGGAGAGCUCCAUCUUGGAAUGAAGGAAGUUGAUGAAGCUAGCGCCGUACUUUGUACAAUGAACAUGGGCGACUGUGUGGUCAUGGACAGCAGACUUCUGCAUUGCGGAACUGCUAACACAUCCGAUCUGCAUAGAUUUCUCUUCUACACAUCCUGGAUGCAGCCAGCAAGAAGGUCGCGCGGGUCCACAAACACAAUCCUACCGGAGUAUGAGGAGCGCCUCUCCCUCCGAACUUGGCAGGAUUGGACAGCUCCAGGAAUUUUUAUGCUGAUUGCGACGAGCGGAGAUGGCAUGAGGCAAGCAUGCGAAGUCGUCGUGCGGGAGCCGGUGGGGUUUUCCAGAGCUUUUCAAUUACAACUCUUUUGCUCCAUUCUGGAAUCUGCUGCUGCAGGGAUGGCCUUAGCUGGGCUAGGUCUGCUGGUCUUCAAUCUAGCGGGUCCACGCUUGUUCGUGGCCCCUCAGCCCGAGAUGCUUGGGAUUCCACGACAGGGCUUGGAGGCCAGGGGAGAUGCUGUGAUCAUGUGCGCCGCAAAGCCAGGCGGACCGCCGGUGGAUGUGACAAAGGAAGCCAUGCCAGCUAGCACCAUAAAGGUCAGGACCGGCAAGGGUGAGUUGACCGUUGACCAGCAGAUGGAUCGCAAGGAAAGAGUCUCCAGGUGGCUCCGCAGCUUGAAGGGCAAGUUCGUUUACAAAGGCCCAAAGCCGUAUGACGUGGACCAGUUCAUCAAGGUCAACAUUGCUGUGCCACUCGCACCUAAGCAGGCAUCAAAUACAAAGAUCAUGAACCAGGUUGUGGAAGAACUCCGACGGAUCAGCGGCGUACAUCCAGUCGCAACCUAUUUCAAAGCCAACAACGCAGAUCUAGGAUAUCGUGUGGGAGAUCCCUCCGGCGCGAAAGUCAAUUUGAGAGGUCACCUGAUGCAAGACUUCCUGCAGAGGCUGAACACGAUUGUUUUGCCUCGUGUGCGAGAUUUCGAAGGACUGGAUCCGACAUCUUUCAACAGGAAUGCAAACUACUGGAUGCACCUCCCCAGCCAGGAGCCGUUCAACGAGCUUGAUGAGCUUGUCGACUCGCGGGAAGUUGUCCACGGAUUUAACAUCCGCAUCCUCAACAACUGUUUCACACAGCCGGAUGCCUUGAAGCUGAUGCAGGAGUUCGGUUUUCCAUUCGGCGAUCCCAAGCCGAAGCGGGAAAAGGCGCCCAGAGAUCCGUACGCCAAGUUCAAGAACAAGGGCAAGGGCAAGAAGAAGCGCUAG